GGAGUGAUACUCCACAACCCAAACUGGAAGCGUUGACGCGUACCAUAUGAAGCAACAGCGCCGACCGACGGUUUGUUGCAGAGAAUUUGAAUAGCUGGAAGAUGUGGUACCAGGGGCCGGAUGAUCGCGUCCCUGUCCUUGAAAUCACAACAAUAUCUGGGAAAUGGUUUUCUUGCGUUACGUGAAGUCGAUCAGCGGAUUGAAGCGCUACUUACGUCUUGCCGGAGCUUCAUUGACGGCUGUGGCCAGAAGCCGAGCCGCUCCUCCUCCUCCUCCCGGAACAGCUCCAGGCAACCGCGCAUAGCAUACGGGAUGGCUGUCGCGGCGGCGGCUGUUCUGGUCCUUGUGCUGCUGUCCUUCUCCGGCCCUCUGUGUCCUAGGCUACUCAGCGCAUCGCCGUCACCGUCACCGUCGCCGCCGGAGCCCGUGGCGCUCACCCUCCUCGCCUGCGCCACGGAGAAGGGAGCAGUGUGCUUGGAUGGAACGCCGCCGGGCUACCACCUGCAGAGAGGCUCCGGAUCAGGAUCCAGAAGCUGGCUCAUUCACCUAGAGGGAGGAGCUUGGUGCAGCACCGUGGAGCGCUGUUCUGACCGCAGAAUGACCGUUCUGGGUUCAUCAGACUUCAUGAAACCGAUACAGUUCGCCGGCAGUGGGAUCCUAGACAGUGAUCAAAAUCUGAAUCCCGAUUUCUACAACUGGAACAAAGUAUACGUGCGGUACUGCGAUGGGGCAUCCUUUUCGGGGGACGCGGAAGGUCGGGCGCAGGAUGGAAGCAUACUUCACUUCAGAGGAUUGCCCAUCUAUGAAGCAGUCAUUGAUGAACUCAUGGAAAAAGGACUUGCCAAGGCUACACAGGCCCUCCUUACGGGUUGUUCUGCUGGUGGUCUAGCCACGUUGCUUCAUUGCGAUGAUUUUAGUGCAAGAUUUCCUAAGGAGGCUUCGGUUAAAUGCCUUGCUGAUGCUGGGUUUUUUCUUGAUGCAAAGGAUAUAUCUGGAGAAAGGUCCUUUCAGGCUAACUUUGACGGAGUUGUUCAACUCCAGAAUGUUAGAGAAGUGUUAUAUAAGGACUGCCUUGCCAACAAGGAUCCAACCGAGUGUUUCUACCCAGCUGAGCUUAUUAAGAGCAUCCACACACCCGUGUUUAUUCUCAACUCUGCGUAUGAUCCAUCUCAGAUACGAAACAUUCUUGUACCGGGCUCAUCUGAUCCUGAUAAGUCAUGGUUGAGUUGCAAGGAUAACAUCAAAAAUUGCAAUUCCACACAAAUUCAAAUCCUUCAUGGAUUUAGGAAUGCAAUGGUCAAUGACUUGAAGGUCGUCCAAGAGAAGGAGGAUUGGGGCAUGUUUAUCGAUUCAUGCUUCACUCACUGCCAAGCGCUUUAUGGCAUCUCUUGGAAUUCACCAAUCUCCCCGAGGCUUGAAAAUAAGACCAUUGCAAAGGCGGUUGGAGAUUGGCACUCUGGCAGAAGGCAAGGAGUGAAAUAUAUUGACUGCGAGUACCCAUGCAACCCAACUUGCAGCAGUCUAUUGCCUACACCUCCAUGAUUCAUUACUACAUGGGACCGCCUCGAGAUUUACUAUGUAAAGAUUCAAGAAUGAAGGAACACUACUAGCAAUCACCAUAUUGUAUUGCCUAUCAAAAUGAAAAUAUUGAUUAUCUGGAAUGAAAAUAAGUAAGGUUCA